ACCCGGCUCAAUUUGAAUCUCUAUUCUCCGCAUAACAUGUUUGCUUCUCCCCUACAGGGCAAUCAACAUUUCUGCAAAUCCAUCGAUAAAUUCUUCUCCGCAUCACUAUCACUCUUGAAAUCAUGCAAAUCCCUCGCUCAAGUCCAGCUUCUCCAUCAGCAGUUACUAGUCAGAGGCCUCGACGAUGUCCGAACCACGGCAGAGAUCGCCGCCGCAUACAUAGACGCGGAUUCCCCCUCUUCCGCUUUAUCUGCUCUCGAACGCAUCCCGCCCAAUCUUCCCGCCGUCUUCUGGUGGAAUUCCCUCAUUCGGAGGGACGUUCGUCAUGGAUCUCUCCACAACGUCCUCCAUUUGUAUCGUAGAAUGCGCAGACUUGGCUGGAGUGCGGAUGGCUACACUUAUCCCUUUGUUCUUAAAGCUUGUGGAGAGCUCCCCUCCUUUACCUACGGUUCUUCGGUUCACGCCGUUUCUAUUGUUGAAGGAUUCGACUCCAAUGUGUUCGUGUGCAACGCAAUUAUAACCAUGUAUGGUCGAUGUGGCCCUCUGGAUUAUGCACGACAGGUGUUCGACGAAUUAACUACUAUAAGAAUUGAUGACUUAGUUUCCUGGAAUUCAAUUGGUGCUGUUUAUCUUCAAAACGGUGAUCCCAGGUCAGUACUUGAUUUGUUUGCUAGGUUGAACUUGAACAUGAACAUCCUUUCUGAUCAGUUUCGACCGGAUGCUGUUAGUCUGGUUAAUGCACUUCCGGCUUGUGCCUCAAUUAGGAAUUGUAUGCAAGGUAAAGAAAUCCAUGCUUAUGCAAUGCGGAGUGGGCUAGUUGAUGAUGUAUUUGUGGCUAAUGCGAUUCUAGAUAUGUAUGCAAAGUGUAAUCUAAUGGAUGAAGCAAUGAAAGUUUUUCAUAAAAUAGAUGAGAAGGAUGUAGUGUCGUGGAAUUCAAUGGUGACUGGCUAUUCUCAGAUUGGUAGAUGCGAAGAAGCUCUACGUUUGUUUGAGAAAAUGCAGGAUGAAGAAAUCGAAACCGAUGUUGUCACAUGGAGUGCUGUAAUUGCAGGUUAUGCUCAAAGGGAUCAAGGUUUCGAAGCGAUCAAUGUUUUUCGUCAAAUGCAACUUUCAAAAACCGAACCAAAUCCUGUUACACUCGUGUCUCUUCUAUCGGGUUGUGCUGCAGUUGGAGCGUUGCGUCAAGGUAAGGAAACACAUUGUUAUGUAAUCAAACGCAUGUUUAAGUUAUAUGGUAACGAUGGAGAGAGUUUGAUGAAGGUGACUAAUGGUCUGAUAGAUAUGUACUCAAAAUGCAAAAGUACAAAUAUUGCGCAAUCCAUGUUCGAUUCCAUCGAGCCACCGACCGAUAGGAAUGUCGUAACAUGGACCGCGAUAAUAGGUGGUUAUGCUCAACACGGCGACGCUAACCAGGCUUUGAAUCUUUUCUCCUCCAUGUUGAAUAACGAAACGAAUCCUAUUCUUCCAAAUCCUUUCACUAUAUCAUGUGUUCUAAUGGCUUGCGCUCGUUUAUCUGCAUUAAGAUCGGGAAAACAAAUCCAUGCUCACAUUAUCCGUAUUCAAUAUAGAUCCGGUAUAAUGUAUGCCGCCAAUUGCCUUAUCGACAUGUACUCGAAAUGUGGGGAUGUGGACACCGCACGCAAGGUUUUCGACAAUAUGUCUCAUCGAAACGAUGUUUCGUGGACUUCGUUAAUGACGGGAUAUGGUAUGUUCGGUCGUGGUUUAGAGGCCCUAGAAGUCUUUGAGAAUAUGAGAAGAAUCGACGGUAUAGUAAUAGAUGAUGUAUCGUUCAUCGUUGUUCUUUAUGCGUGUAGUCAUUCUGGUUUAGUCGAGGAGGGGAUUCGCUACUUUAACAGAAUGAAAGACGAAUUCGGAGUCGUUCCGAAAGUCGAACACUAUGCAUGCAUGGUCGACUUGUUGGGUCGUUCGGGUCGUUUCGACGAAGUUACGAAGAUAAUUGAAGAAAUGCCUAUGGAACCAAGUUCGGUUGUGUGGGUCGCGUUAUUAAGCGCGUGUAGGACACACGGAAAAGUCGAACUCGGGGAAUUCGCCGCGAAUAAGUUGACGGAUUUGAGACUCGAACACGACGGGUCGUAUACGUUGCUAUCGAAUCUGUACGCGAAUGUCGGCAGGUGGAAAGACGUCGCGAGGAUUCGGUUAUCGAUGAAAAAUGCGGGGAUAAGGAAGAGACCGGGUUGUAGUUGGAUUCAAGGGAAGAAUGGGACGACUGCGAGCUUUUACGUUGGGGAUAGAUCACAUCCGUUAGCUCGAGAGAUUUACCAAGUGCUUGCGGAUUUGAUCGAACGUGUUAAGGUCUUAGGUUAUGUUCCUCAGACGGACUUUGAUUUGCACGAUGUGGAUGAUGAGGAGAAGGGUAAUCUUUUGUUUGAGCAUAGCGAGAAACUCGCGCUUGCUUAUGGGGUUAUGACUUCGACUCCAGGGAUGGCUAUUAGAAUCACGAAGAACUUGAGAGUUUGCGGGGAUUGUCAUAUUGCUUUCUCGUAUAUCUCGAGGAUUGUAGAUCAUGACAUUAUUUUGAGGGAUUCUAGUCGUUUUCAUCAUUUCAAGGAUGGAUCUUGCUCAUGCAAAGGGUAUUGGUGAUUGAGAUUGAUUUGCCAUGGGGCUAAUAUUAUCAAUACUUUCCUUAUUUGUGUGUUUGAACCCCAACUGUAGUAUACAUGAUGAACAACUUUGGUUUUCAAAACAGAUAUGCAACAGCAGUAAUUAUUUAUUCAGGU